AUGGGAGAAGAAAAAGUAUCAUUAUUGGAGGAAGAGAAGAAACCAGUCACCUAUCAAUCUCCACCACCAGCUUAUCAAUAUCAAGGUCAACAACAGCCUCCUGUUUAUUAUAAUCAAGGUUAUCCACCACAACAACAAGGUUAUCCAUCACAAGCUUACCCACCACAACAACAAGGUUAUCCAGCACAACAAUACCAACCACAAUAUGCCACAGUAGAUAUCAGUGCUCACCACCAAAUCACUUGUAAGAGUGAAAGAGAUUACAAUCACAUGUUGGUUAUCUUUUUAGUUGGUUUCUGUUUCAGUAUUGUUUGGAUCGGUGGAUUCUGGUAUCUCAAGUCACCAAACAAGACUGCUAGAACUUUGGCAAUCAUUUCUAUUGUUUUAUUCUUUGUUGGUCUUAUUAUUUCUAUUAUUCUACUCGGUAUUAUCUUUGGUACAAAGAUGUUGUUUAGAGAAUUUAUCUGGACAGUUUGCUUACUUGUACAAUAA